CGCUCGGUCGCACACAAAAACAAGUAUAUUUAUUGUGUUUUCAUAGUAUUUGGUGGCAUUUCCAUUUCAUUUCAUGCACUUUUCGGUUGUGUUUUGCGAGCUUUGGUUACACGUAACAAAAAAGAAGAAAACAAAAAAUGCAAAAUGUGUGAAAACUGGAAAAAAGUUGUAGUGUAGAUGAAAUCUAUCCAUUUUGCGGGCGAGUGUACGACGAAGUGACGGUUUAACGCAAUUAAGUGGCUAAUGCAAUCACAGACGUAUGCAAAUUGAAGUGUUGGAUAAUUGUGCGGGUGCGUGAGUGUGUGUGUGUGUGUGUGUGUGCGCUUGGCGGUUACAAGCAAACGAACCGCAGCCUAAAGUCCAGGAAUUGAGUAAAAUUAAGCAAAAACAAAACAAAAUCAAAUAUUUAUAUAUAUUUAAUAUAUGGAGAAAAUUGGAAAAACUAAAAUAAAAAUAAAAAGUAAAACUAAAAACAAGCAAAAUCAAAAUCCAACAGGCAAAUUUGUAACAAAAAUGUAUUAUAAGAAAAUCCUAUUUAUAGUGAAAGCCUCUUAAGUAAUAUUGCGCUAGUAAAAGUAAUAAAAGCAAUUCAAAAACAUUGGCAGCCAGACAACGGACCUAAAAUUCAGCAGAUGAUGUCCAUUGAAAAUCAGCCAACGGCAAAACUUGACAAGGCAAACGAGACGAAGCCAAGAGAGAUAAUAAUUCAAUAGCAAUAAACUGUUAGAUGUACAACAAUAUGUUGGGUGAUAUAAUUUCACCGUCAAUCGCCACUUGGAGUACAGCGCAAAACUUUUACACUGACCUGGAUGUUGACAUGUCUUUGGUGCAUGGUGGCGUCUCCGACCUGAAUGCACCACUUCUACCUACCUACAACACGUACAAUACAGCAUACAGUAAUGCUACAACAAUGUUGUUCGACGUCAAUGAAACGAGCGCAUAUCAAAUUGUAUUGAAUGGCACAAGCGGUAACAUCAGCAACAACAACAACAGCACGAACGUCUUACUAGGCAUUGGCGAUGAGGGUAUCAGCAGUGGUUUCAUCACAUUCAACAGCACCAGCGGUGUGCCGAGUGGCAACAACAAUAUCGUCGAUCUUUUUAUAAGCGAACAUAAUGAGUUUGAUGACCAGCAACGAGUUCUGGAUGAUAUCAUUGGCGGCGGCGGCGGCACAAAGGAUCCGAUGGUGGCGUUCGCGAAAAUGAUUGUGAUGUCUAUCGUGUUGGGUUUGCUCAUAUUUAUAACCAUAAUGGGCAACGUUUUUGUAAUUGCGGCAAUUAUACUCGAGCGCAACCUGCAGAAUGUAGCUAAUUAUUUGGUGGUAUCACUGGCGCUGGCUGAUUUAUUGGUGGCAUGUUUGGUGAUGCCGCUAGGAGCGGUUUACGAGAUCAGCGAGGGUUGGAUACUCGGCCCGGAGCUGUGCGAUAUUUGGACAUCGUGCGAUGUGCUCUGCUGUACAGCGUCCAUAUUGCAUCUCGUGGCGAUUGCAGCUGACAGAUACUGGACCGUCACCAACAUUGACUAUAGCAAUGUGCGCACGCCUAGUCGUGUCUUCUGCAUGAUUUUUUGCGUUUGGUUUACGGCGCUCAUCAUUUCGUUGGCGCCACAAUUCGGCUGGAAGGAUCCCGAGUAUAUGCAGCGCAUCGAAGAACAAAAAUGCAUGGUUUCACAGGAUGUGGCAUAUCAGAUUUUCGCAACGUGUUGCACAUUUUACCUGCCACUUUUGGUUAUAUUGGCUCUCUACUGGAAAAUUUAUAAAAUUGCACGCAAACGCAUUCAACGCCGCAUCCAACAACGGCCACUUUCAAUGGCGCCUAAUAACAAUCAAAAAAGCGCUACCGCUUCUAUGCAGCGCAAGCGUAAACGCCUCAAAAUAUGCUUUGGCAAGGCGGAACAGGGUGCAGCUGUCACCACCGAAAAGGAAACAAAUGUAGGCAAUUCACUUAGCAUCAGCAACAUGCGCGAGGAGACAGAGUACAGCACGAGCAAUUUCGAUAGCAAAAGUCAUGCGACUGAAGUGACAACAGCAUCGGGCGAUGCUGAAGAGUCCCAAAUAUCUGCAAUCGGUGAAAUCUCAACAGUCUCACAGGAGGUGGCCAGCACUGCGCACCAGCAACACACCAUCGCCAUUACAAUAACGAAAUCAGCACAACAAUUGGCCGCUGCCGGCGCCGGCGGAGCCUAUCCCACCGCAUGCAAUCAGACGACACCGACCGCACCGACCAACAAGCUGCUCGCCAGCAUCCCAAACCCCUACCACAAGCUGACCAAACGCCGUCAAAUGCUUGAGGCAAAACGCGAACGCAAAGCCGCACAAACACUGGCCAUCAUUACGGGCGCUUUCGCCGUCUGCUGGCUACCCUUCUUCGUGAUGGCGCUGCUGUUGUCGCUCUGCAAAGAAUGUCACAUCAACGCCGUACUCGCAUCGCUCUUCCUGUGGCUGGGCUACUUCAACUCAACGCUCAAUCCAAUCAUUUACACCAUCUUCAAUCCGGAAUUUCGACGCGCCUUUCAACGCAUUCUGUGCGGUCGCAAACGUACGCUGCACAGCCGCAGUGGGAAAAUAUGAUUCUGAGAGUAGCUGAGUAGCGCGGUCGUUACUUUUGUAUCGUCACGCUACAACACAUGCAAACAAGAUUUUAACCAAGCAGAGCGUACCGAGAUACACAGUAUGUAAGCAUGACAACAAGAACAACUGCAUAGUAACCUGCAAGCACCUAAUCCCCGCGCCCAGUGAUUCCAUUGAUGUUGCACGUCUUCCUCGCCAGUUGAUUUACAAGAAGUACACACAAAAGUAAGUAGCGAACGCAAGCAAACAAACAAACAAACGAACAGACAGAUGAAAGUCGCUAAGGAGUGGUGCAGUCGCCUAUGGCAACUUAUAGUGUGCGGCUUCUACGUUGUGGCGCUGUGGCCACGCAUACUCACCAACACACGCAGACAUACACACGCACACAAUGCAGCGAGUUCGAGUGUAAUUCCCUCCUUAUGCAAAUAUCAGCCAAGGAGGAACUUUGAACAGCAUAUGCGAUACACAAAUACUUGAAAAUGUGAUGUGACUUGAAUGUAAAUGCCGACAUAUACACAUAUCUAUAUGUGGAUGAUGGAUAUGUGAGCGGUG